AUGGAACCCCAACUUCCACCAACCACCUCUGUCAAACUUGGCAAGGUGUCCCUUGAGCAUGUCACAUGCCUCCUCCUUGGCCUCCUUGGCCAUGUUGAACAACUCAAACAGGAAAUUGCAGAAAUCAAGGAAGCAGGGGUUGAAACCCAUACCAACAUUGAAAAUAUAUCCCAAACCAUUGAUGUUGUCAAGGAUGGGCUUAGAAGCCUCCAGCUCCAUGGGCCCAGAACCCCUGAAGGCCCCCAAGCCAAAACCAUGGAAGAAACACCAUGCCCCCUACCAAAAGUCAAGCCUAUUGGAGCAACUAGUGGGUCAUCCAUCUGGCCAGAACAGCUGUGCAGCCUCCCUGCCUUUGCCCAGCCCACACCAAGAAGAGCUGCACCCCUGCAAGUCCCAUCUCCCCCUCCAUCUCUGCAUCUCCAAUCCCCAAUUGGAGCCUCUGCCCCUCCUCCACUGGCUCCAACUGCCAACUACCCUGCCCUGGUCAAAGUAGACCACCCAGACGCCUAUACAGGCAAGAUUGGGAGCAAAGCCAAACAAUGGCUCACAAGGAUGCUGGCCUGGACCUGCUUGAACUCCAGGAUAUUCCCAACCAAUCAGGAGCUCAGAUCCCACCAAGCCAUCAUCCAAACAGUUGAGGGGUUCAAAUUGGAGUUUUUGGCAGCAUUUGGCAACCCUGAUGCCACUAGGGCUGCCAAGCAGAAAAUCACCACCCUUACCCAGUCUGGCACCUGCACAGACUACAUUACUAAGUUCAGGACCCUAGCCAUGGAACUGGACUGGAAUGAUGCAGCCCUACAAGGCCAGUUCUCACACAGCCUCCACUGGGAGGUCAGUUACCAGCUUGCCACCUGCAAACAUUGCCCCUGCACACUCCUUGAGCUGCAAAAUGCAGCACUUAUCAUCAACAAUGCUCUUAGAGAAGAGCAUGCUAGCCACCUGCCAAGGGACAAUAAGUCUAGCAGAACGCCCACCCCUGCAAGGGGGAUGAGUACUGGUCAAUCAACUACUGGAUCAAGGAAACUCUCCAAUGACCCAAACUUUGUGUUGGAAGAGGAAACAAAUUGCUGCUGCGCUGCUGGUGCCUGCAUCAAAUGCAGUAAGAUGGGCCACAAACUUGUGGAAUGCUGCACAGGCUGGAAGGCUACCCCUAUUGAGGAUAAGGGGAAGACCAAAGAAACUGCCAAGAUUGGCAAAGACUCUGAGUACCAAUCAGGAAAAGAGUAA